AACUCGGUAAGUAGGAAGGAAGACAAAAUUGCCCAAUGUGCAUAUUCGUUUCCUAGGGAAAUGGCAACAGAAAGUGGUGUAAAAAGUUGCCGUUUGAACCGAUGAUUCUUCUGUCUCAGAAAGUAGACAGUAUCUAACGAUGGAAUAUAUUUUCACACCAAAAGUGGAACAAGUGAAACUGUUGGACAGGCACGCUGCCAAGAAGCCACUUGUGGGAACACUGUACCUGACAGCAACUCAUCUUAUCUUUGUUGACACAUCUUCCAACACUCGCAAAGAAACAUGGAACAUUCACCAUGUCAUAGCAACUGUAGAGAAACUCCAUCUUACUGCGACAGGGUGUCCCCUUCUCAUUCACUGCAAAAACUUCCUCGUUCUUCACUUUCUGAUUCCCAGCGAGCAGGAUUGCCAGAAUGUUUAUCAGUCCCUGGUCAGACUUGCCCAACCAGAGAAAUUAGAAGAGCUCUACGCUUUUCUUUACAAUCCAAAACAACAGGAAGAGGAAAGAGCCAGUGGCUGGAGUCAAAUAAACAUGGCCAUGGAUUACAAGAGAAUGGGAUUACCCAAUGAGUUUUGGGAAGUGACUGAUCUCAAUAAAAACUAUGAGAUUUGCAGCACGUAUCCUUCAGAACUUGGAAUUCCUAAAUCUGCCAGUAAAGAUGUUGUCGUAGGAAGCGCUAAAUUCAGAAGCAGAGGACGUAUCCCUACUCUGUCCUAUUUCCACAAGGACACCAACGCUGCUGUUUGCCGUUGCAGUCAGCCUCUGUCUGGAUACAACACACGAAGUUUGGAAGACGAACAGAUGCUUCAAGCUAUUAGCAGGGCCAAUCCCAACUCUACCUUCAUGUAUGUAGUGGAUACCAGGCCCAAGUUGAAUGCCAUGGCCAACAGAGCUGCUGGAAAAGGCUAUGAAAAUGAAGAUAAUUACUCCAACAUCCGUUUCCAGUUUGUGGGUAUUGAAAACAUCCAUGUGAUGAGAAAUAGUUUGCAGAAGCUUGUGGAAGUGUGCACCAUGAAGACUCCUACUAUGAGUGACUACUUGACAGGCCUGGAGAACUCUGGAUGGCUGCGACACAUCAAGGCUGUAAUGGAUGCUGGAGUGUUUCUGGCGAAGGCUGUGUCUGAGGAGAAGGCUAGUGUUCUGGUUCACUGCUCUGACGGCUGGGACCGCACUGCCCAGGUCUGCUCGCUGGCUAGCAUCCUCCUAGACCCUUACUACAGGACAAUCAAGGGACUCAUGGUCCUGAUCGAAAAGGAAUGGAUAUCCAUGGGUCAUAAAUUCACACAAAGGUGUGGACACGUGGAAGGAGAUCCCAAGGAGGUGUCUCCUGUAUUCACACAGUUUAUUGAAUGCCUCUGGCACCUGAUGGAGCAGUUUCCUUGUUCCUUUGAGUACAACGAGAAAUACCUUCUUGAAAUCCACAACAACGUGUACACGUGCCAGUUUGGGAACUUCAUAGGUAACUGCCAGAGAGAACGAAAGGAGAUAAGACUACAGGAGAGGACCUUCUCUGUUUGGCCUUUCCUUCUGGAUAACAGUCAGCAGUUCCGGAACCCUCUGCACAAAUUCUCCUUAAGCAGAGAUGUUCUGAAGCCAAACACUCUGCCGCUGAAUUUCAAGUUCUGGUGUUCCAUGUAUAAUCAUUUUGAUAAGGGCAUGCAACCAAAGCAAUCUAUACUGAACCACCUGCUGUACAUCACUCAGAAGAAGGUCGAAGAGGAGAAGAAAAUGACUGAUCUCCAGAGACAGUUGGCAGUCAUUGAUGGGGUUUUGCCAGAUCAGAACAGAAAGAUCCUGUGCCCAGCGUCACCAGAAGAAGAGAGUCUUCCAUCUCCAGAACCCACUAGCAACACAACCACACAGAUGGAACCAGCGAUGAAUGGUGCUGAAGAGGCUGAACUGCAGUUACAGACUGCUAGAGCUGAGGGACACAAAGGGAUCGUCCGUGAUACGGAUGCCAAGGAUGGAAGUGAUGUGAUGGAAAAUCCAGAUGGAGAAUCCAAGGAGAUGUCAUAGGUUUUUUCUUUUUAUUCAAUUGAAAAUUAUUCAUACUGACCUCCACUCUGCACUGAUUGUAUCAAAUUAUUGCAUUUUUUUUAUCACCGGGCCACUUUUUUCUGAACAAAGGCUUGGAAUCCUGUGAAUCAGCAAAAACAAAGGGACGAAUAUAGGAUAUGAAAACAAGGGAAGAAUGCAUAGGGAAAUUAUACUGCUUUAGUUGACCAACCCCCUUGAUCUGAGAGUGCUUGAAUACCAGUGUCCAAAACAGGGUGAAACUGUCAACUCAGCAAAUGAUGACUUAAAUGUUGUAUUCCUUAAAAAAAAAAAGUUUUAUUA